AUGCUGUUCUCCUGCUGUUCUCCUGUUGUUCUUCUGUUCUCCUGCUGUUCUCCUGCUGUUCUCCUGCUGUUCUUCUGUUCUCCUGCUGUUCUCCUGCUGUUCUCCUGCUGUUCUUCAGGGCUGUGUCUGUUGUGUGUCCUUCAGGGCUCUGUUGGCUCUGAUGCUGUGGUGAAGGUGGAGGACGACGUGAAGGGGAAGAAGAAGCGUAAGAAGGGGGAGGAGGUGGAGGAGGAGGGUCUGGACGAGAGCAUGUUGGACUGGUGGUCCAAGUACUUCGCCUCUAUAGAGACUCUGACCGAGGUGCUCCGGGCUCAGGAAUCUGCUCUCUCCGACACAGAGGACAAUAACGACAUGGAUUUGGCCGAUGGAGAAAUCAAUCUGGAUGAAUCUCCUGUGAAAGGAUCCAAGAAAGGAAAAGGCCGAAAGAAGAAGUCCAUGGUCCACGACCCGUUUGAGAAGAAGAAACCCAAACUGGACGAGCUCAAGGUGUACCAUAAAGAGCUUGAGAGUGAGUUUGAUAACUUUGAAGACUGGCUCCACAGUUUUAACCUGUUCAGAGGAAAAGCCGGAGACGACGAGGAGCAGAACGCCACCGACGAGGACCGCAUCGUUGGGAAGUUCAAGGGCUCCUUGUGCAUGUACAAAGUGACGGAGGACCAGAGCCGAGAUUCAAACUUCGACUCGAACUUAGGAAUGUUCCAGAACAUUCCUCACAAUGACCCGGUGAACGUCCUGGUGCGGGUCUACAUCGUGAGGGCCACAGACCUUCAUCCCGCCGACAUCAACGGUAAAGCAGAUCCUUACAUCACCAUCAGACUCGGGAAAACUGAGAUCAAAGACAAAGAAAACUACCACAGCAAACAGCUCAACCCUGUGUUUGGAAAGUCUUUUGACAUUGAGGCUAGUCUUCCCAUGGACUCCACUCUGACUGUGUCUAUCUACGACUGGGACCUUGUGGGGACCGAUGACCUCAUCGGAGAGACCAAGAUCGACCUGGAGAACCGCUUCUACAGCAAGCACCGGGCGACGUGUGGUCUGGGCAAGACCUACGCCAUUCAUGGUUACAAUGUGUGGCGUGACCCCCUGAAGCCGUCCCACAUUCUGGCCCGACUGUGUAAAGAGGGGAAGUUGGACGGGCCGCACUACGGGCCCCCAGGCCGCGUCAAAGUGGAGAACCGGGUCUUCAUGGGCCCCACCGAGAUCGAGGACGAGAACGGUCUGAAGAAACAGACCGAUGAGCACGUGGCCCUCAGUGUCCUGAAUCACUGGGAGCAGAUUCCAAAAGUUGGCUGCAAACUGGUGCCAGAACAUGUGGAGACCAGACCUCUGCUGCAUCCAGACAAACCAGGGAUCGAGCAGGGCCGGAUAGAACUGUGGGUUGACAUGUUUCCCAAAGACAUGACAGCUCCAGGACCAGCUCUGGACAUCGCCCCCAGAAAACCAAAGAAGUUUGAGUUGCGUGUCAUCAUCUGGAACACGGACGAGGUUGUGUUGGAAGACGACGACAUUUUCACCGGAGAAAAAUCCAGCGACAUCUUUGUCCGAGGGUGGCUGAAGGGCCAGCAGGAGGACAAGCAGGACACAGAUGUCCACUAUCACUCCAUCACUGGGGAGGGGAACUUCAACUGGAGGUUCUUGUACCCGUUCGAUUACCUCAUGGCAGAGGAGAAGAUCGUCAUCUCCAAGAAAGAAUCUAUGUUCGCCUGGGACGAGACGCAGUACAAGAUCCCCCCGCGUCUCAACCUGCAGUCCUUCCGUUUCCUGGGCACCACCAUCACCCAGGACCUCAAGUGGGAGCCGACCAUCAGCUCCCUCAUCAAGAAGGCCCAGCAGAGGAUGUACUUCCUGCGGCAGCUCAGGAAAGCCAAGCUGCCUGCACAGAUGUUGACCUCCUCCAUCACCUCCUCCAUCACCUCCUCCAUCACCUCCUCCAUCACCUUCUCAUCACCUCCUCAUCACCUCCUCAUCACCUCCUCCAUCACCUCCUCCAUCACCUCCUCCAUCACCUCCUCAUCACCUCCUCCAUCACCUCCUCAUCACCUCCUCCAUCACCUCCUCAUCACCUCCUUCAUCACCUCCUCCAUCACCUCCUCCAUCACCUCCUCCAUCACCUCCUCAUCACCUCCUCCAUCACCUCCUCAUCACCUCCUCCAUCACCUCCUUCAUCACCUCCUCCAUCACCUCCUCCAUCACCUCCUUAUCACCUCCUCCAUCACCUCCUUCAUCACCUCCUCCAUCACCUCCUCAUCAUCUCCUCCAUCACCUCCUUAUCACCUCCUCCAUCACCUCCUUCAUCACCUCCUCCAUCACCUCCUCAUCACCUCCUCCAUCACCUCCUCAUCACCUCCUCCAUCACCUCCUCAUCACCUCCUCCAUCACCUCCUCCAUCACCUCCUCAUCACCUCCUCAUCACCUCCUCCAUCACCUCCUCCAUCACCUCCUCAUCACCUCCUCCAUCACCUCCUCCAUCACCUCCUCAUCACCUCCUCAUCACCUCCUCCAUCACCUCCUCCAUCACCUCCUCAUCACCUCCUCCAUCACCUCCUCCAUCACCUCCUUCAUCACUUCCUCCAUCACCUCCUCAUCACCUCCUCCAUCACCUCCUCAUCACCUCCUCUAUCACCUCCUCUAUCACCUCCUCCAUCACCUCCUCCAGCACCUCCUCCAUCACCGUGUGGUUCGCUGGAGCCACAGUCAGGGACAAACAGAGACUACAGCGCAUUGUGCGCUCUGCAGAGGAAGUGA